UCUCGUAAUGAAGAGCUACAUUUUUCAACAAUUUGUUUUCACCAUUGUGAUAAUAUAUGCAUCUACGAUUGACGGAGUGCCCAUCGAGGAGGACCUUAAAAGCAUCUUUCUACGUAUUUAUGUCGGAAUCACUAUACAUGAAUAUAUCGAUUGCUCACUGGAAAACGCCAGCGCAAUUACAUCUCGAUUAAACACUAGCAAACCGACGGUGAUGUACAUUCAUGGUUUUUCGGAAAAUGUAGAGAAAAAGAGCGUACAAACAAUAGUGCAAGCUUACUUGAAAAGAAACGAUCAUAACAUUAUCGCAGUGGAUUACAGUAAAUUUGCGAACGACUCAUAUGUAACAGUGACAAGAAAUGCUCCUCGCGUUGCAAAUGCUCUUACGAUGAUUCUCGAUAAGAUGGCGGAGUUGGACUUCGAUACUGAAAAAUUACACGUUAUUGGGCACUCCAUGGGCAGUCAAAUCUCCGGUUAUAUUGGCAGAAAAGUUAACUUUAAGAUUCCUAGAAUAACAGGAUUGGAUCCCGCUGGUCCUCUUUACAACUUUCUUCAACCUCAUCUUUCGCUCUUUGACGCCCGUUUUGUGGAUAUCAUACACACGGAUUAUGGAUUUUAUGGUAUUGCCAGGAUUACAGGCACAGUGGACUUUUUCCCAAACGGUGGUCAACGCAUACAACCCGGCUGUCCACAUCAUCCUAAAUUUUAUAGCAAAGAUGAUUUCUGCAGCCAUCAUCGUUCUUGGAAAUUCUAUGCAGAGUCUCUGAUCAACGAAUCUGCCUUCCUGGGUGUGCAAUGUUCUUCAUUAUCUCAUUUGGCUUCCGGCAAAUGCAAUAAUAACACGCAGAUUAUCAUGGGAUAUGCCACUCCAAGCAGCGCGCAAGGAACCGUUUAUCUCCUAACAGCCGAUCAAAGUCCUUUUGGAUUGAAGGAACAAGGACUCUUGACUUGAUUGUGCUACGUUGAGAACCACAAUAUAAA